UACCUAGUAGGUCGCCAUUUCCCAGCCGUUUCCAACACUCAUACGCACUCUGUCGGAGUCUGACGAGGUCACUGGGGAACUGGAAGGGCAUGGACUGCUAACGUAGGGUCCGGUCCAGUAAAUUCCAAGAGAUUCUUGUUCAGCCGGGCCUAAGGCUCAAGAGCUUGAUCUCCUGCCAGUGACACCCAUGCACUGACGCGUAUAUAUGCAGCCGUUCAUGCGCAUCAUGUAUAAACAAUUCAGCAUCCUGAUCUGCAUAGUAUAUAAACCCCACGCUCGAGCAAUUAAUGUGGACUGGCUCCCACGCAUAUAGAGCACACCAACUCAAUCGCACCAAAUAUGUCCGACAUCCCCGCACUUCCUUCAAAGAAAGUUCCCUAUGCAGUUCGGCUGGGCAAGUCGGGCCUGAAGGAUUCGCGUGUCAUACUCGGGUGUAUGACCUACGGUGACAAGUGGACCAACUGGCUCCUCGGCGAGGAGGAGGCGAUCAAGCAUAUCAAGUUUGCGUAUGAUGCCGGUAUACAGACGUUCGACACUGCAGGCGUGUGUUGGAUGGCCCAUGGCGAUAUCAUCCUCGGGAAGGCCAUCAAGCAGCUUCAGCUUCCUCGCGAAGAAAUCAUCCCAAUGAUCAAGUUCGGCGGUGUCGUCUCUCGCAAGCCCGGUGAGAUAGUCUAUGACCCUCCUAGUGCUGAGGCGGAGUGCCGUUACGUCAAUCAGUGGGGUGCCAGCCGCAAGGCAUGCCAUAUCUUCGAUGCUGUGAAGAAGAGCUUGGAACGCUUGCAGCUUGACUAUAUCGACGUGCUUCAACUGCACCGCAUAGGCGACAGCACGCCUUUCGAGGAGACGAUGCACGCAUUGCACGAUGUCGUCAAGGCCGGUUAUGUGCGCUAUAUCGGGAUAAGCUCCUGCUGGGCGUGGCAAUUUCAUGCUAUGCAGAACUAUGCUAUCACGCACAACCUGACGCCUUUCAUAUCCAUGCAAGACCAUCAUAACCUGAUUUACCGCGAGGAGGAGCGCGAGAUGUUCCCUUCCUUGAAGCAUUUCGGUGUCUCUGCAAUUCCUUACUCGCCGCUGGGCGGCGGACUCCUGUGCAGACCGUUGAACAAGCAUAAUACAAAGAGAAGCGAAACAGAUCAGUUCCUGAAGGCUUACAAGGACAAUCCGCACUUGGAAGAGAUAAUCAACCGUGUCGAGGAGGUCGUACGGAAGCGCGGCGUCAGCAUGGCUCAGGUGACGGUCGCUUGGAGCCUGUCCAAAGACGUUGUCGCUGCGCCUAUCGUCGGCACGACGAAGCUCGAAGACUUGGAGGACAUCCUUGAAGGUGUGCACCUCACGCUUACGUCCGAGGAGAUCAAGUACCUCGAGGAGCCCUACAGGCCCAUGAAGAUCAUUGGGCACCACUAG